GAUAACAACAACACGGUUACUGAUUCAACCACAUCCGUAGCUCGCUAGCAACAUAAAACCAAAACAUUGGAGCUCUUUGGACCAUUAUGUGUGUAUAGACAUAAGUGUUUUAAACACGUUGUCUGCGUAUAAAGUUACUCCAUUUCAUACUGACGCUGUUAGUCAGCUAGCUGGUUAAAAUAGCCUAGCACUAGGCUAGUCGAUAAUGCGAAUUAACUAACAUCUCAGGACUUGAGCUCACUGAAUUACUCCCACCCUGCUAAAGAAGAAGCUCAUGGCCAGAACAUUGUCGUGAUAGAGGAAGAGGAGGAAUAAGAAGCGUUCAGAAUGAAAGAAGAGAAGGCUAUCACAGUGAAAGAAGAAGAAGAAGGUUUUGGAGUAAAUGAGGCGAUGUAUGUUACAGUGAAAGAAGAGGACGCCGUUUUUAGAUUGAAGGAGGAGAUUACUGUCACAAUGAAAGGAGAGGAAGAAGGUUUCAGGGUGAAAGAAGAGGAGAAGGACAUGACUGUCACAAUGAAAGGAGAGGAAGAAGGUUUCAGGGUGAAAGAGGAGAAGAAGGACAUGACUAUCACAGUGAAAGAGGAGAGAGAAGGUUUCAGGGUGAAGGAAGAGGAGAAGGACAUGACUGUCACAGUGAAAGAGGAGGAAGAAGGUUUCAGGGUGGAAGAAGAGGAGAAGGACAUGACUGUCACAGUGAAAGAGGAGGAAGAAGGUUUCAGGGUGGAAGAGGAUGUUUUAGUGAAGGAAGAAGAGGACAUUUUUGGAAUGAAAGAGGAGGAAGAAGCUUUGAGAGUGAAAGAUGAGGGGGAGGAUGAUGAUGAAGAGAAGGGGGAGACUGGAGAUCUGAUUAACACUAAAGAGAGACCAGACACUCACUCUGACGGCAGGAAGAGACCUUCAGGGGAACCAGACCCAGAGACGCCCAAACCAGCAAGACAACACCACUGCUCCCAGUGUGGAAAGAGUUUUACCCGGUUAUGGGACAGGAAAAUACAUGAGAGAAUACACUCUGGAGUGAAGCCUUACCACUGCUCAGACUGUGGAAAGAGAUUUACCCAGCUAGGGCACCUGAAAGAACAUAAGAGAACACACACUGGUGAGAAGCCCUACCAAUGCUCCCAGUGCGGAAAGAGUUUUAACCAGUUAGGGGCCCUAAAAACGCAUGAGAGAAUACAUACAGGAGAAAAGCCCUACCAAUGCUCCCAAUGUGAAAAGAGAUUUACCCAGUUAGGUACCCUGAAAGAGCAUGAAUUAAAACACACAAAGACUCAGGAGAAGACAUACCACUGCUCUCAUUGUGGAAAGACAUUUUCCCAGUCAGAGGACCUGAAAUCACAUGAGAGAAUAGCGAGGCUGUGUUCCGACUUAUGUUUUUGACUGAGAAUUUGUGUCUUUGUUCAUGCCAGACGCUGUUCAUCACAUUUGCCGCUUGCUGACUGAUAAUAAAAGAGCGUUUGUGGAUCUUGACCCGUUGGGACGUAGACAGUUUCUGAAGACAAAUGAAUAAUGUCAGUCAAAAGUAUUAUAUAGGGGGGGCAGUAACUGUCAGUGUACUUGACCUCUGAUUCGUCGAGCUUCAGGUCAGUCAUUCCCACUUCAGUCCAAGUGUGAAAGAAGGUGUGGUUGGUUGAAUUUUACAAGGCCCUGAUCUAUUUUCCACUAAUUGGUCUUAUGACCAAUCACAUCAGAUCUUUUUUUCAGCGCUGAUCUGAGUGGUCAAAAGAAUCAAAAUUUGUGGAUUUUUUUUAAUUUUGAAUUCUGUGUAAACACAGCCCUUGAGUAAGAUUCUGUUCAUAAAUAAUUAUAUCCAUAACUUUCUGUACCUUCUUUGUGCAGUCAUAAAACCUAUUUCAAUGUUCAUGAAAUUUCCUUGGGGUUCCAUAGGUACCACAUUUGACAUGGUAAUAACCACAUAUUUAUCAUUGCUGGGAAGUAUCUGAAAUUCAUUACACAGAACAUAGUGAAAGGCAUAACUACACAAUCAUUAAUUUGUUACAUUCGAUAUCCGAAUGUCUGUCACUCUGUGUGUCCUUUGGUAAAAUAUGAUUUGUCAGAUUAUUGGUUAAUUAGCAGGCUGGUGGUCCCUUGGGCUUGUAAGUAAGCAUUUCACUGUAAGGUCUACUACACCUGUUGUAUUCGGCGCAUGUGACAAAUAAAAUUUGAUUUGGGUAAUCCAGGACCUACGCUCUGCAACAUCUCUUUGUUGUGCAAAAGUUUAAGAUUAACAUUUAAAAUGUGUAUUUUGUUUUGAUGAUGAACUUUGAUUGGAUACAAGUACACUGCUCAAAAAAAUAAAGGGAACACUAAAAUAACACAUCCUAGAUCUGAAUGAAAGAAAUA